CCUGUGGGGAAAUGUUGGGAGUGCAGAGAACUGCAGACGGAAGCCAGACUUGCCCAGUUCUCAAACGUUUUAGUUCAUGCUAAGCAUUUGGAAGGCAAAGAUUCAGAGUUACUAUCCAGGUCGUCCUCCGAACUUCAGGAAUCUGGGCAGCAUGUGCGCGCAGAUGUGGGGCCUCGCCCCCGCCCCCGCGCCCCAUCCCCACCCCCCAGAUCCUGGCCGGCGGAGGCGCGGCGCGGAGGCGGCUGUGGCAGGCAGGGCCGGGCGUGGCACCCUCGGAGCCCGUAAAAGCCGCGUGCGGACUGCCAGCUGGGCACUGACAACCAGAACCAUGGCGCGUCCCAACCUCGUUCUGGCCAUUGGCCUGGCCCUGCUCGCCUUCUGCCUCCUGGCGCUGCCGGAGGACACCUGGGCGGCGCCGCGGGAGCACAUGACUGGAGGACGCCAGAAUCUGUCGCCCGACGACCCGCAGGUGCAGAAGGCGGCGCAGGCAGCCGUGGCCGGCUACAACAUGGGCAACAACAGCCCCUACUUCUUCCGUGACACCAAAGUCAUCAAGGCGGAGAGCCAGCUGGUGGCAGGCAUCAAGUACUACCUAACCCUGGACUUGGGGAGCACAGCCUGCAGGAAGAGCAAACUUGCUGGAGACAACGUGAACCUCACCACCUGUCCCUUCGCUGCAGGGGCAGAAGAGGAGAGGCUGCGCUGUGACUUUGAGAUCCUAGUUGUCCCCUGGCAGAACUCCACCAAGCUGCUGAAGCAGGACUGCGUGCCGCUGUGAGGGCCCCAGGCAGGCAGCUGCCGUGGGCACCCCAGCCCCCCACCCAAUAAAUCCCCAGCAAGCGUC